AUGCGAGGCUAUAUUUUGAGCAAUCACAACAUUGCAAUAUUAAACAAUGGAUAAAAAUAUUAGAUAGUUACACAAUUCGAAUCGAUCAACCAUCUUCAUUUUAAAUAAUAAAGCAUCUUGGAGAAGGAGCAAAUGCAACUCGUCAUUCAAUUGUAAAAUGAGAUAACAACUCAUUGGAAGGUUAAUUAAUGCGGAAAUGCUCUUAAACUUUUUAGAGUAUAUGAAAGUUAAGACAAGAUCUAUUUACUCCUAGAGUAUUAAGAAGGAGGGACUCUCCUUAAUAUGAUUGGAAAAGAUAAGAAAUUAAAUGAAUAAGACUUGUAGACAAUUAUGGAAUAACUAUUUUUAGCUGUAGAUUUUCUUCAUCAAAGAAAUAUAGUUCACAGAGAUCUAAAACUUGAAAAUAUACUUUUAAAUUCUAAAGAUGAAAAAGUAACUGACAUAAGAAUAGCUGACUUUGGAUUGGCUUGUGAACUCUUGCCUGGCAUUAAAUUAUUCCAUAAAUGUGGUACACCAAGUUACAUUGCACCUGAGGUUUUAAUGGAUAAUGGUUACACUACUAAAGUAGACAUAUUUUCGCUAGGCUCAAUAAUGUAUAAUCUGGUAACUGGUAAAUUCCUGUUCAAUUCUCCCAAUUAUAGAGAAAUACUUUUAUUAAGUAAAAAUUGUAACUUAAGCCAUGUCGAAGAGCUUACCAAGAGUAUUUCAAAUUAGGCAAGGGAUUUAUUAAUGAAAAUUUUAUAGCCAAAUCCUGAUAAGAGGCUGACCGCAAGAUAAGCCCUAGAACAUCCAUGGUUCAGUGCAGACUAUUAAAUUCUUUAAUAAGCUCUUCAGAUUAAUGCUUGGCUAUGUAGCGACAAUUUAAAAAGGAAUUCAGCCAUAACAUCAUAAAUCUUUUUGGAAUAGCAAUUAUUAGUGGAACCACCUGAUGAUGAAGUUGAAGAUAUCAAAGAUAAAAGUAAAAGUGGAAAUAAAUCCAAAGAUACACUUUCGUCUUUCCUCAAAGGUGAAAGUUUUUAUUAGUUAAAGUCAUCAAUAUCUCAAAACUCUGUUGGUAAUUUUCUAAACAAGAGUAGUGAUUCUGUUCCAAUAAACUAUUAUGAAAUGAUACAGAGUCAUAGAAGAUCCACAUCUUAGAAACCUCAAGCAAAUUAGACACUUAAGCAUGAUAAAUCCAAAUUCUUGAACAAAAAAGGUUCGCAUGAGGAAAGUAAAAGUAGUUAAUACCUUUAGAUCAAUAAAAGCAAGUUUUAUAGAGGUAAGUCUAAGGAGCUUUCUUACUAUCAAUAAAUAUCUGACUUGGACUUAAACUUGUCAAAUGUUAACAAUAUAAAGGAAAAGUAGAAGGAAAUAAUUGAUGGUAUUGAUGAAUCUACUCCUUAGAUUAAGCAUCUAAUGAGUUUAAAUAUUGAUACAUUUGAGAUAGAUGAGAAUAUUAAUAAAAAAGAGGAAGAUGGAUUGGCUCUACUAACAUCAUAAAUAAAUGCCUAUAAGUUUUAAAGGAUAAACAUUUUAGGAGGAAAGAAUUGCCCAACAAAACAAAGAAUCCUAAUUGAUAAGUGA